AUGUCAAAUCCAUUGAAAUUGUUAAAAAGUAUCAAAAAUUGGAAUAUUUUAACCGGACUAUGCAUACGUCGACCUGCAGUUAUUGCACCUAAAUUCACACCUCUUGAAAAACAAAUAGCUGAACUAUACGAAAAAGUGGAAUUUGAAAAUAGUUAUUUAUCUGCACAUGAACUACGGCAUGAAACUGAAACAAAAAAUAUUGCUUUAGCUCUUUCAAAAGGCACAAAUGAUAAUAUAAAAGAAACUCUAAUAACGGCUCGUGAAGCAGAAUUAUUGUGGGAAGCAGAGGCUGAAAAAUUUAAACCAGCAGAUCGACUAACAGAGAAUGACAAAAAUGGAAAUUUAAAAUCUGCUUGGCGUGUAUUGGAUAGACCUUUAUUUCUGUUAGUUCAAUCCUCAAAAGACAUUUACAAUGGAUGGAGUCUCCCAAGUGCACCAGUCGUCAAUGGGAAGAAUUUAAGACAGACUGCAGAUUUUAUAGCGGGUAGUUUAUUACCCUCAAGAGCUAAAUGGUCUAUAUUUGGUAAUGCUCCAGUUGCUGUUUGGUUAUCUCAAGAUCAGAGUGACAAAGAUACAGGCACUCAGGUGUACUUUUAUAAUGUAUAUGUUGAUAGACAUUGGCACGGUGAAGAUUUAAGCAUCAAUAACGAGACUUCUUCGUUUGCCAGUAUUAAAGACUAUGCAUGGAUAUCAACAGAUGAAUUUAAAAACUUUAUCAAGCAUAAAAAACUUUUACAAACUUUAAAAUCAUUUGCUGUAGAGUAUUAA